GCCGGUGUCGUCUGCGUGUUGUCAGUGCUGUAUGGCUGUUGUCUGUGCCUCAGAGCCUACCGACAGGCUCGUGGCGCGUCCGGGGCGGCUGGGUCAGGGCCGGGGUGGGGGCACCGCUGCGUUUGCCUGCGCGUUUUGCAGACCUCUGGGUGGUACUCCGGAGGGUUUCCCUACCUUCUGAUCGCCUCUUCCACCUCCACACUCCCUACCUGUGUCUACAGCUCUCUCACCUUUAGUAACUGGUGAAGCGCGGAAAGGAAAGGGACCUCACUCUGUAGGAGCCAUGCCCUCUGCUCUCUGUUCGCUUGGUCCCCUAGCUGCUGACUUGCAGCCAGGGCGUUCGCCAUUCCUCGAUCCCCUACGUUAGAGCAGGACUCGCCCGCCUGCUCUGGCGCGUGCGAGGGGUUACAGUGUUGUAUGUUUCCUGCGAGGGAAGGAAGGAGUGAGUUGUGAGUGUGACUAUGUUGUAAAUUGUUUCUCGGAAAGUACUGUAAGACUCCUGCAAGUUGUGAAACGCAAAGUGUACCCUACCCGAGUGGCUUGAUGCAGCGUUUAAUCCGCUUAUUUUAGAGAUUCGGAUCAGCCUUCCAAAGGCUGCAAAAUUGAAUAAUUCUGGUCCUGAUGGAAAACUUCUGGAAACCUGUUGGAAACGUAAAAAUUGAGGGAGCCAAGAGUGGGACUGAGUGGAAGCUGGCCAGGGUGGGGUGCAGAGUGCCUUAAAGGUACAUGUGUGUGUCCUAAAAGCUUUCGUGGGUUGAAACAGGGCUGCCAAGGAUUGCUUCAUUAUGGGAUUAAGCGCUAAAGCUGUUGAGAUAAGGACUUGUUUCCUACCAAGUUAAAAAGAAGGAACACACGCAGAACACACAAGACACAUGAGUGAUUUGCUGGAAGUUGAGAUGAGAAGCAGGCUGAAGAGCUCAGCAUUUAACAAGCAAAAAGUUUGACACGGGCUGUUUUCUUUUCUCGUAAUUUUUCUGACCAAGUACACUACUGACUGUGAGCACUGAUGUAAAAACACACAGCACUGCUUAAAUAAAAUCCCCUUCAGAUACCGGGUGUGGGGGGGGGGGGGGGGACUGAGCGGAGCUGGCAGAAGAAGGUGUGAAGUUAAAGGAGGAUCAGCUGCCGCGGAGUGGGACCACCCGCCAGCGCUGUCUGAGGAGCUGCUCCCGCUGGGCAGCACCGGGUAGAUGGCUUCUCUACCUGUGAAAGUACAUCAGGUCCUCGGAUUCUCCCCUCCUCCGGCUCCUCUCCCUGUUCCCUCACCGUCCCCUCUCGCCUUCUCCUUCCCCGCCAGUGCCCCGGUGCCCCCUGCGCCAGGUCAUGGGGAUGGUCCCUGAAUUGGGUGGUCAGGAUUCUGGAUCGCCAGCUCCCCCACAGUUGGAGCUCCUCAGCUUGGUUUGCUUUAGAAUCCAUGCCUGUCUUUUCCCCCACAUAUGCCGAGAGUCCUUUAACACAAGUAGUAUAUUUAUAUGUACAACUUGACCUCUAACUUCUACGGUGAAGCCCGCGUCGGAAGGAGAAUGGAGCCAGUUUUCUGCAUGUUGAGAGGAGGUGAAAUCUUUGUAUCCCCUUUCCCUACUCUGUGGAAAAUCUGCUUCUAUCCCCAAAUUGGAAGGAGAUCCUUUACACUUGGCAAAUAGUGUCCGGGGAGUUGGAAUUGUACAGAUUUUUUUUUUUUUAAGAGCAGACUGCAAGUCUGUUGGCUGCAGGUUAGUUCAUUCUAAUCCCAGACCAAAUCUCCUCAACAGUGUUAAUUGUGUAAAAAUUUCAUGCAAGCGCUUUUCAUUUUUAUCAUAAUAAAAAUCUGCUCUAAAAUGAAUGACAGAGGCAUACGUUCACUUGUUCGGAAGGGUGUUUGGAAAUUUUAACUGUGUGCUGCCUGACUUUUCCUUUCAGUUGAAUAUUUGCACAUCUCAUCCCAUCUUAACAGAAAAUAGAAAUUCUGUAUUCAUGGAGAGGGACGUGCUUUUAAGCCAGUCGUGGAUUUAGGAUAAUGAAGUUUAUUCCAUUUAGGAAAACUCUGAGAGGGGUGCUUAAAAAGCCCUGCAGAACAUGUAAUUGAUGUUCCUUUAUCCACUUCUCACUUUCAUACAUCCGAGGACAACUUCACAUUCCCUCCCAAUGCCCAGCCCUCAAGAAGAGAAGGAAGAAAGGCACCCUCCGGUUAAGUCAGCUUGCGUGCGAUUUUUAGCUUUUUUUCCAAGGAUAGUGACACAUGAUUUCGUUUCCAAAUAUUUCUAACGAUUUUCUGGUCAAGUGUAAGAUAAUGGAGCAAAGAGUUUAUAGGAAUGGCAAAGAGUGGGGUGGGGGAUGGGGAAGGCGUUUUUGAUAAACGGUUUGCUGCUCACGGGAGGGUAACAGCAUUUCUGCUGAUUCCUCAGGCCGAGAUUUUCUUUUAUUUAUUUUUCUUCCUUUUCUUCAAUUUUUUUCUUUUCUUUUCUUUUCUCUUCUUUCUUCUCUUUCCUUCCUCCUUUCUUUCUUUCUUUUUAAGAAAAUCUGAUCUGGGAGACUUUGUUUGUCUCCCAAUAUUGAAGGCUCCGGACUUCACGUUUUGUUUUUGUUCAAAGAAAGCGUUUCCCUCCUUCUGCAGGACUGCCCGUUUCAUCAUAAGCACGACGAAGGGGUUCAGCACUCUUUAGUAUAAAUAAACCGGGCACCUCUCCAAGCGUAUAUAUUUGGGGAAACCCACCCCAGUCCCAUUCUUUUUCCUGGGGUUCCUCGAUUUUAGGAUCCUCCCGUCUGACGGCUAGAACCUUGCACUUACUAAGAGCAUAUAUUUUACAUUAAAGAGGGUACAAGGAGAGUCUCGAAAUGCAGGCAUUCUACCAAGCCUGUUUUUCCUUUCUUUUUCUUGCUCGCUUCCCCUUCCUGUCCCCUGCUCCCCGACCCGGGCCCCCUUUCCCACUGCGCCCGCCGCUCUUGAACUUGUUUCUGGAGGAGCGGAAGGCGCGGGCUCCCGACCACCACUCAGCCCCAGGUAAGGAACAAGGCGCUUGCGGAUCCCCACCUGCUGCGGCGGCCGCAGGGCGUCAGAGCGGGGGUCCGGGGGUCCUGGGGAGGCGGGGGCCGCGCGGGGGCCGAGAGACCCACUGGGGAGUGGGCGAGGCGCGCCGGGAGCAGAGGAGCGGAGAGCUGUCGCCACCAGCCCGAGACUCCUUCACCGACGACGGCAGGCAGUUUAGAAGGCGGCAGGACGGGGGAAGGGGGGAGGGGAGACACGAAAAACGGGGGUGCACGGGAGGCCAAGGUCACGGUCCGGCUGCCCAGACCCCAGUGCUGGGGCCGGGGCGCUCCAGCGUGCCCUGUGCUUGGAACACCUCCCCGCCCCCAACCAAGAGCUUGACUGCCCCUGGGUCCAAGCUCCGCGGCCUGUGCUGACUAUGCUUGCCCACCUGACCCCCGCUGGGCUCAGGGAGGCCGAGGUCACGGUCUCAGGCCUGGGUGGAGGCCCCUCCUCCCCAGCGCCCGCCGGCUGGGCUGGGACCCAGCCCGCUCCGGGAGUCCCAGUCCUUGAUCGAGCCAGUCAGUGGUGGCGGUGGGAAGGCCGGGACGGGAGGGUGGGCAGUCAGCGGAGGCCGGCACUUCCGAGGGGAGACAGUUCCAGAAGGAUUUCUGAGCCCCGCAGGCUGGCCGGGGCGCGCCGUGGGUGCUGCAGAGGAGACGCAGGGCUGUCUGCAACCUGGAAGGGGCGCGCCGAGAUUUGUCGGUGUCAAUGCAUCUGACAUCAACUAUUCCGCAGGCCGAUACGACCCUUCAGUCAAGACCCCCUUUGAUGUAGGUUUUGAAGGUGUGGGAGAGGUGGUAGCCUUAGGCCUGUCAGCCAGUGCCAGCUAUGCUGUUGGCCAAGCGGUGGCUUACAUGGCCCCCGGCUCCUUCGCUGAGUACACAGUGGUGCCUGCCCGAGCUGCAGCUCCCGUGGCCUCCGUGCAGCCUGAGUAUGUCUCCCUGCCAGUAAGUGCUACCACUGCAUACAUCAGCCUGAAUGAGCUUGGAGGGCUGUCAGAAGGGACAAAAGUUUUGGUGACAGCGGCAGCUGGGGGGACAGGCCAGUUCGCCGUGCAGUUUGCAAAGAAGGCCAAGUGCCAUGUAAUCGGCACCUGCUCUUCCGAUAAAAAAUCCGCUUUUCUGAAAUCCAUUGGCUGCGAUCGUCCCAUCAACUAUAAGACCGAGCCUGUGAGCACUAUCUUGAAGCAGGAGUACCCCAAAGGUGUGGAUGUGGUCUACGAAUCCAUCGGGGGCGCCAUGUUCGACUUGGCCCUGGAUGCGUUGGCUGUCAAGGGGCGUCUGAUAGUCAUUGGCUUCAUCUCUGGCUACCAGACUCCUACCGGCCUUUCUCCUGUGAAAGCAGGGACAUUACCGGCCAAACUGCUGAAGAAAUCUGCCAGUGUCCACGGCUUCUUCUUGAACCAUUCCCUUUCUAAGUAUCAAGCAGCCAUGGACCACUUGCUUAAGAUGUUCGCGGCUGGAGACCUGGUCUGCGAGGUAGACCUUGGAGAUCGGUCUGCAGAAGGCAGGUUUAUUGGCCUGGAGUCUGUAUUCCGGGCUGUUGAUUAUAUGUACAUGGGAAAAAACACUGGAAAAAUUGUAGUUGAAUUACCUCGCUCUGUCAACAGUAAGCUCUAAAAACAGGACAAUGACAUAAAUCCAAGGAGAAAGAAAAUGGGCACUUUACUCUUCAGAAUUACUCAAAUCAAGUUAUUUGUAGAUGGCUAAUGGGUAUGAUAUUUCUUAAACAAAAGUCAGGAGUUAAUAAGUUUCUCUUUAUUUCGUUUCUCGCUUGCUCUCUCUUUUUUUUUUUUUUUUUUUUUGCCCCUCCCUUGAAAAAAAUGCUAAUAAAAACUUCUCUUGAUGGCUCAGAGGUAAAACCGUUAUAUUCAGUUCUUUGGUCCUGUACCGUCUCAUUCCAGAUUUUAUUGUUCCAGAGAAUUAAAUUAAUUCCUGAUGCAAGAUCUGAUCAAAUCAGUAUGUCUUCAGCUUGAUGAGAUUUUAAAAUCAGUCUUAAAAAUAGUCCACAAAUUCUUUACUUUGGGAAAGUUUGGUCUUAGGCUAAUGAGCAGUUAAUAAAUGAGAGAGAGAACAGAAAGGCUGCCAUAUAUUUUCAGAGUCCAUAUUCCCAGGAAAUGGCCCUCCCUGCCUUUUCUACAAAUUACCAACUAUCUAAAUAAUAAUUGAGAGGAAUUCUCCCAAAACCUUGAUUUUGUUAGGUCAUUAGAAAAAUGACUAUUUGAACACAGACCUAUUUUUUUAAAAGUGUCUAUUAUUUAAUGCUUUAUGCCCGAUUAUCCCAGUGAGGCCUGUGUGGAACCCAAAGUUUGUCUCUGCCCUUAAGAAGCAAAUUAGUGUUGAAAACCGGUAAGACAAAAGCAGGCUUUAGGAAGGGGUACUACAGAGAUGGGGGGUGCUUUAAAAACUUCGGACGUGCCCCAGGAAGGGAGCGGUUGUGCUGCGUCCACAUCCACGGGGAGGGUCUGCCUAACAAAGGGGCAGCGGUCUUGAGGCAUACAGCCAGACGUGACUAACAGCAGCCCUCCCUGCCCGAAGCAGGCUCUAGCAGACCGUGCUGUGCAGAGGAGGGCCUGACGCAAUGUAAAAUAACAAGACAUUCGCUUCAUGUUUCAGACUUUCGGACACAGUGUGUUUUCUCUCUGCUCUUGGAAACAGGCUAGUGCAUGUGGCACAGAACACUGUCCCCGUGUCCCCAUCCUACUUCCCCACCCGUUCUGUGGGAAUGAGCGGCUCCUCGUCUCCACUGCCCACUGCCCGGGGUCACAUGUGAGAGGCACGUCACGAGCCCCAUCUGGGGAAUCGCGGCAGCCCACCCGCCCGCCUCCUCACCUUCAGCUCGCAGGGCUGCGGCUUCCAGCGCCUUCGAAGUCCCACCGCGCCUCUCUGGUGGGAGGCAGAGCCCACCCGAUUAUUUUUCAAAGCCCUGGGUUUCAGCGUCCCUAACCUGCUCCAUAAAUGGGAACGCAAUUAAAGAUGCUCCAGGAAACUUGGUGACCGUAUUUAAUUUUUCUCUCCUCCCAUCUUGAGGGGCGAGGAAAUCCCACCGCUGAAUAGCGGUUAGUAUCUGUUUUACAAGAUUUACUCAUUUUCAGGUGCCUGACGUAGCUGCUAGCAUGCAUGCACAACAAUACAAUUUAUAUGGUAAAUGGGACCGAAUAAUGGCUUCACUGAAUGUUAUGGCUGCGCUGAAGGGAGAUGUCACGGUAAAUAGCCACCAAAUUAUGGAUCGUGCCGCAGUGUCACAACCGCACUGAAGACAGAUAGCACUGGGGGCGAUCGCCACUGGGACGUCUGUGAGUUAUGAAGAAGGCGGGCGGCCUGGUGCGGGGCUCUUUGUGUCCUCAUUAGGGCAGGGGUGCCAGGGCAGGGUGUGAGAGGAGCGGCCCAGCGUGGCGCGCGGGGUCCUCUGUCCCUUUCCGACCCAGCAGCUCCGGCCCCAGGAAGGAGACUUUUCUGCCCGCUUUCAGCAGCGCCCGCACACGCGGGGCCGGGGGCAGGUUCUGGGAAUGCUCAGUGCCCAGGAAGUGGCCGGCCACGGGCGGACACUGCGAUCCACCCGUGCGGUCCACGGAGGCGAUGCGAUUUCACGGGGUAUCUGUUGCUUCCCACGCAGAUAGAUGUGCGCGGUCUGAACCGGGCCGCCCCUCUCCCCCACCGAGGCUCCAGGAGCAAGGACCCCGCCAGCUGAACUGCUGCUUCAAACUGCAGUGCGUCCCGGUUUCUUUCAUUUUAAUGGGAGGGUAAUAAAGAUGAAAGACCAGCAUUUCAGCUGAUGGAUCCCUUAAGCUACAGAAUAGAAAUUUAUGAUGUUUUGAAGGAAUAGACGAAAUUCAGCAAUGUAAAAAAAAAAAAAUUUUUUUUUCAAACACCGAAGUCUAAAAUAAAAUAUAAUCUGAAAACCUCAUACUCACUUUCCCCAAACUCAGGAACUACAGUGCAUGCUGUUUUCAUUUAUUCUUAGAAAACAAGCAUGAAGGAUUCCGCCCAUUCAGAUAAUGCCAAAAAUAUGUUUAAACUUUUUUUUAUUCUUCUGAAAAAUGAUUUGUAAAUUGAGGGUCAUAGUUCAGUAUCAGUUUCAUCUUCUGGGAUUAUCGUUCAGGACGAGCCUGUAAUGGGAGGUGAAAUGGUGCAACACGCUCACACCCCUUCCUGAACUGCAUUACAUAUCACAGAACGUACAUCUGUAAUUCAGGGCAAUUGUCAGUCUUUGUGUUAGAGACAGGGCUGGGGCUGAGCGAUCCUGGGGGAUGAGUUAUUUCUCGGUUCUCAGGGUGGCCUUCUCUGCACCUCAGCCUUGAGGUCUCCAGCUGGGCAGAUGGAGGGGUUUGACUUUGAGGAAGCCAUUCCUUGCCACUCCAUUGUGACUUCUAAAAAAGCAAGUGCUAUAUUCCUUCACAUUUGUUUUGCAUGCAA